CCGAAUUCAUCUUCCAUAGCUUCCAAACCAACUUUAUUUGUUCAACUUGGGGUUACUGAAAUCCAAGCCCUCAACAUAAGACAUGUCUUCGAAUCCCCCAUUUUAGCUUUCGUCUUCUCUCUGAAUAUUCACAUCCCUUUUGCAGGCUCUAAAGAGAUAUCCAUGGCUCAAAAGCACUUACACGAGCUUCUGAAAGAGGAUCAACACCCCUUUCUCCUCGCCAAUUUCAUCGCCGACAGACGUUCUCUUCUCAAACGCCCUUCCCCCAAAUCUCUUUUCCAGCUCAACCGUCCAAAACCCAUUUCCGAUUCCUCUGAUUUUCACCGGAAUUUUUGCCGGAGUGCUUGUUUUUUCUCUUUCACUCACUCCCCUGAUCUCAUAACCUCUUCGCCGCUCUUUGAAUUUCAAUCUCCGGUCAAAACUCCUUGUCGAAACCACAAUGGCAUUUUCCUUCAUGUUCCGGCUACGACGGCCGGUCUUCUUUUGGAAGCUGCUUUGAGAAUUCAGAAACAGUCAACGGCUGCGAAAUCCAGGUCCCUUGGCAAAUCGAAUGGCUUAGGGUUUUUGGGUUCUUUUCUUAAGCGUUUGACUCAUCGUGGCCGUAUUCGGAAGCGAGAGAUCUGCAGCGACGGCCGGAAAAACGGUGACCGUGGCAGCCCGCCAUUGCCGGCAAACGAGAACGAGAACGAGAACGACUCUGUUUCUCGGCAGAGUAAUUUAUGCCAUAGCCCUUUUCGAUUUGUGCUUCAAUCGAGCCCUUCCCCCGGUCACCGGACGCCGGAGUUCUCUUCGCCGACGUCUUCUCCGGCUCGCCGGAACCAUCAGGUCAAAGAUGCAGAAAGCUUGAAGAAAUUUGCAGUUGAGGAUGAGGAGGAAGAGAAAGAACAGAGCAGUCCCGUGUCCGUGUUGGAUCCUCCGUUCGAGGAGUACGAUGAAGGACAUUAUGAGGAUGAUUACAAUUUGGAUCGCAGCUACGCCAUUGUACAAAAGGCGAAGCAUCAGUUACUGAAAAAACUUCGGAGAUUUGAGAGACUAGCAGAACUAGACGUAGUAGAACUCGAGACGUUUCUACUAAAGGACGAGGACGAAGACGAACUCAAUGACGACGCUAACAUUGCUCAUCUCGACGACGACGAAAGCCAUGACAUCAUAGAACACAACAAUGGGAGCUCAAGGUUCCAAAUUCCUCGGAAGCGACUCAUCUACAAUCUCGUUACGAAGGACGAGAGAGACGUGGUCGUGAUCGAGAAGAGAGUGUUGGUGAGAUCGAAGUUGUGGAAAGGGGUGGACACGAACGCUAUCGACGUGAUAACGAGGCAAGAUUUGAAGGGAGAGGUUGAUGGGUGGAGCAGAAAUGGGGAGCAGAGAGGAGAAAUAGCCAUAGAAAUAGAGCUUGCUAUCUUCAGCUUGCUGGUGGAGGAAAUGCAAACUGAGCUACAUUGCUUAGCUCAUUAACACUGCAAUUGAGUGAGUGAGUAAAUUAGUUUUAGGAAUAUAAAAUCUGACUUUAAGAGCAUAGGUUUAACAUUUGUUUAGUAGAAAGAUUAGGAUGAAAGGGAGAACCCUAUGAUUUGUAAAUUCGUUAUCCCUCCAUAUAUUAUCACGG